AAAAACAAUUUAAAAGAAAAAAAAAAUUUAAUUAUAAUUAUUAUUUGAUUAAUGGUUUAUUCACGUACCACUGGUGCUUUUCAUGAAACAUUAGCUUGAUAUUAUGCUUGGUUUAGCUUGUUGGUGGCUUGAGCAAUUGGAUUAAGUUUGUGUUUGAAAUGAGAACAUCUUUGAUUAAUAUUUAACAGAACGUCUUUGAUUAAUCACUGUUAGUGGAAGUUUGCAAUCGUUCAGUGCCUGUUCUCAUUCAAGCAAGCCUUUUGGGGCAAAUUCUUCUCACUCAAGGAUAAACAAAAAUGGGAAGAACAAAAGAUAAAGAUUUUUGGCAGUAUGUUGAGAAGACCGGUAGUAGUGGAAAGGAUUUGAAGUGUAAAUUCUGCGAAAAAGUAUUCAAGGGGCAUCCUUCAAUUUCAAGGAUCAAAUUGCAUUUUGCAGGAAUUCAAGGGCGGGACAUUCGAAUUUGUGAUAAGGUCCCUUCUCAUGUCAAAGCAAGAGCUCAGGAAGCAACCCAUUGUGGACGAAACAAGAAACGUAAAACCGUGCCAAGUUCAAGCGCCAAUGAGGAAUAUAAUCCAAUUUCAGAGCAACAACAUCACCAAGUGGAGAAUCCAGUAGGAGAUGAAGAGAACCAUGUUGGACAACCUAUGCAAUUUGUUGAGUCCAAAGGAGAGGAGUUGCUGACAACAAAGUUGAAGGGUGCAGAGUUUGAGACACAUAUAAAGCAGAUCUAUUCUUGUUUAAGGGAUGAUGAUAAUGUCUCAAAGGUUGGCAUUUAUGGGAUGGGAGGAGUGGGCAAAACUGAGUUAGCCAAACAUGUUUAUAACAAACUUGUGACAGCUGCCAGCCCAUUUGAUCAUGUUUAUUGGGUUAAUGUGUCUGAAAAUUUUAGUAUAUAUGGACUACAGAACACCAUUGCAAGAAUGGUGGAUCUAGACCUUUCAAGUGUGGACAAUGAGGAUCUACGAGCAACCAAAUUGUCCAAAGCAUUGAACAAGAAUAAUAAAAGUUUUGUUUUAUUUUUGGAUGAUGUGUGGAAUCGUAUUCCCUUUAAGAGGGUUGGAAUUCGUGGAGGCAAGUUGGUUAUUACAACUCGGUCUUUAGAUGUGUGUCGAAGAAUGGAUUGCCAAAAGAAUAUCAAAGUAGAGCCUCUUGGAUAUGAAGCAGAUUGGGAGUUAUUUUUGCAGAAACUGGGGCACCAAUUAGUGCCUAAUGUGGAACCGAUUGCAAGGGAGAUUGUAUCAGAAUGCGAGGGCUUGCCCCUUGGGAUUGAAAUAAUGGCAAGAAACAUGAAGCGGAAGGAUGACAUACAUGAAUGGAGGGACGCAUUGCACAAAUUAACGAGAGGAAUACCAAUGCAAGAGAACUCAGAGAUAUUUGACAAUUUGAAACGUAGCUAUGAUUGUUUGAAUGAUCCAUCUUUGCAACAGUGUUUCCUAUAUUGUGCAUUAUUCGUGCAAUCUCAAAUAUUUAAAGCACCAUAUAGAAGAGAAGUGAUAGAUUUUUUGAUUGAUGUGGGAGUAAUAGAAAGAAGCAGCAGAAAACAAGCAUUCGAUGAGGGCCACACCAUGCUCAACAAACUUGAAAAUCUUUGCUUGUUAAACGGUAGCCAUACUUAUUCUGGAUCCAGAUGGGUGAGUAUGCAUGGGUUGGUUAGGAAAGUGGCCAUCCAACUAAUGGGUACAAAUGCACAAGUUGGGGAAAAGUUGUCCAAAAUGCCAAAGUGGGGGAAUUGGUCAAAAGAUCUUAUGAGAAUUUCAGAGAUGUAUAAUGAGAUAAAAGAGAUUCCUUCUGGUUAUUCACCUAACUGUCCUAAUCUUUCAUCCAUUUUGUUGCGUGGAAAUUAUUCUUUGAGCUCAAUCGGAGAUUCUUUCUUUGAGCUGUUGUGUGGUCUCAAGGUGCUUGAUCUUUCUGAGACAUCUAUUACAAAAUUGCCAAGUUCCAGCUCUCAUUUGGUUAAUCUAAGCUCAUUAUUACUUAGGAGGUGUAAAAAGUUAAGUCAUGUACCAUCAUUAGCGCUGCUUAGCGCAUUGAAGAAGUUGGACCUUGAUGGUUCUGGAGUUAAAGAAUUUCCUGAAGGAAUAGAAAUGUUGUCCAAUCUCAAGUAUUUGAAUCUUCGAGAAACAGAAAUAGUGUUGCCACCUGGUAUAUUACCAACGCUUUCCCAAUUGGAAGUCCUCUUGCUUAGCACUUCAUUUGCAGGUGCAGCAAAGGAAAUAGCAUCGCUGAGGAUGUUGCAAGAAUUGGAAUGUUGCUUCCAUGAUAUUGGUGAGCUUAAGACCUACGCCCUCACGUCUAGGACACCUCCAUCUGAUUUAAUGCGAUGGAGUUUUCAUGUAGGAAAAAUCGAUCUUGGACAUGAGCUUUUCACAUAUAAUGAGCUAGCAGAUAAUUUUAAUGUUUGUUUGUGGAAUUGCAGUGUCAGCGAAGGAGACAUUCCCCUCUCUCUCCUAGAAGAUGUCAAGUAUCUGAGAUUUAUUAACUGCAGCAUUGAAAUUGAGAAUUGUGAUGAUUUACAACGAUUGCUUUCAUUUUCCUCCUCCCCUUCAGUAUUUAAAAGCCUCGAGGAAAUAUCAAUUGAUUCGAAUGAUUUACACUUCCUGUUUGACAAUGGGGAUAUUCCAAUAGCAGUACCAUCAUCACCACUGCAUGUUACCUUUUCUCUUCUCAAAAGAAUUGAAAUAGGGCAGUGUCCAAGUAUGAAGAAGUUGUUCCCUCGGGGCUUGAUGCCAAACCUUCAAAAUCUGGAAGAGAUUGAAGUAUACGAUUGUGAUAACAUGGAGGAGCUGAUAUCAAUGGAAGAAGGAAAAGAAAGCUAUAACAGCAAUUCUUUUUCUCUUCUCAAAAGAAUUGAAAUAGGGCAGUGUCCAAGUAUGAAGAAGUUGUUCCCUCGGGGCUUGAUGCCAAACCUUCAAAAUCUGGAAGAGAUUGAAGUAAACGAUUGUGAUAACAUGGAGGAGCUGAUAUCAAUGGAAGAAGGAAAAGAAAGCUAUAACAGCAAUUCUUUUUCUCUUCUCAAAAGAAUUGAAAUAGGGCAGUGUCCAAGUAUGAAGAAGUUGUUCCCUCGGGGCUUGAUGCCAAACCUUCAAAAUCUGGAAGAGAUUGAAGUAAACGAUUGUGAUAACAUGGAGGAGCUGAUAUCAAUGGAAGAAGGAAAAGAAAGCUAUAACAGCAAUUCAUUUUCUCCUCUCAAAAAAAUUAAAAUACGGGAGUGUCCAAGUAUGAAGAAGUUGUUCCCUCAGGGCUUGAUGUCAAACCUUCAAAAUCUGGAAGAGAUUGAAGUAUGCCAUUGUGAUAACAUGAAGGAGCUGAUAGCAAUGGAAGAAAGAGAAAGAGAAGAAAGCUAUAACAGCAGUAAUGGCACUACUUUCAUCUUUACACUCCCAAAAUUACGGAGUGUUGGAUUGGCAGAGUUGCCACAACUGAAGAGCAUAUGCAGUCAAGAAAUAGUCUGCGAUUCUCUCGAAUAUAUUGAGGUAGUAAAUUGUGUAAAUCUUGAAAGGAUAGCACUUUCUCUUUUCUUGCCUGACCAAAGCUGGCUGUUCCCUCUCCCUUCCCUUAAAGCUAUCCAUAUUUGUCCCCAAGAUUGGUGGGAGCAGUUGUUUGAUUUUGAACAGAAGAUUGUCCUCUUACCCCUGUGUUCCUUCGAGGAUGAAGAUAUGGAGGUUUUUAUGUCUUGGAAAUAUGGAACGGAGUAAUGUGCGGCUUAUAUGGUUAUAUGGGCCAUAGACACUCCUCUUAUCCCUGUGUUCCUUCGAGGUUGCACUUGUGGAGUUUUCUAGUUUUUGGGUAUAAUAUAUGUACUUCAUCAAAAGAUAGUUGUGCAAUGAAAUUAUAUUCUGGUGGUAUUUUUGUACAAUAAUUAAACCAGCACAUAUAUAAAGCAAGUUAAAAGAUGGUGUUUCA